CCAAACACUGUAGUUUAGUGUCGUACAGAGCUCGUCUCUUAUUAAGGCCGACAGCGCGUUGAGUCCGCAGUCAGAUCCUGCGGAUACGGUAAUUUCAUUUGAUUCCAGAGUUUUCUUUGCAUUUAUUUUGCAAGCCUUAAUCUAGUACUCGAAUCUGAUUGAUCUAUUACAUACGCUAUUUGCAGUCCUGUAAUUCUCCAAGCAGCUUCAAAUUUAAGCAGCUGUGUAUGGCACACUAUAAAUUACGAUCAUCCUACCAACGGUACGCUCCAAAUGAGAAUACUAUCAACCGUUUCAGGAGCUAGCGCAGUUACCAUGUGUGGCGUAUUCCAGGAAACCAACAGCGUACACGUUCUGGGCCGCGACGGCCGCGUGGUGGACGUAGCGCCGGACGGGCUCUUCGUGGACAUGCUGUGUUCCAAUCGCCGACGGGAGUUCUGCACUUUCGCAAACUGCUUCUUGCCGACCUAUCUAUCCGCAGACCUCCUGGCUACACUGUACGCGGCAGCCGUUCCCCGCAUGCCCGUGGUCGUCCUGGUCCCGGAAACGUCGUCCGGUCCGUGGAUUUGGGUACUCGGUGAAAUGCCCUGUCACAAUCGCGGGACGCGGCACGUCAGCUACGAAGCGGCGGUGGUCCACUGGCGGGAUCCUCUCACGGGGAUCCCUCACGUGGAUCUCGUCCCGCUCGACCGUAUCCGCUGUCCACUCUUUGAUUACCCCGGCGCGUAUCUCCCUGGGCGGGAUAAAGUGAGGGCAAUGGUGCAGAAUGUGCUGAAGACGCGUUAUUCGGGUCCACCCGCCGAUUACACUGACCUCUACCCUCGCACAUGUCGCGGGCAGUUUUACCUGCAGACUGUGCUGUUGGAAGGAAUUCCCGCGCUGUCGGCCGAGGAAACCUCCGCGUUCAUCACGCACUGGAAUCGCUGGGAACCGGACAACCUUGCGCUGGGUUUGUCGAAUGUCACCAUAGUCGAUCUCGGCGCUGGCCAGUCGAAGUACAUUUGCAAAGCGGAGAAUCACUGCGGGAAACACGAGAACCGCCUUCUGAAUGGACUGCGACGAUUCCACGAUGAGUGGAUGGGCAUGCCGCGGAACGAAAACACCGCGCUGCCAUUCGACCGCGUUCUGCCGCUGGAACUGUGCCAGGAAGUGUUCUCCCAGUUGGACACGCUGACACAGAUCAGACUGCGGCUCGUCUGCACGACGUGGAACCUGCUCACGGAGUCGCCGGCGCUGGCGACCUGCAUCGUUAUGCAGCACUAUGUCCGGUGCCCGCGGUAUCCCGAUCAGCAUGCGCACGGCGUAUCUUCGGCGGUGCUGUUCAAAUGCCUCCGUCCCGACACGCGCCAUGUGGUCCUGUGGGAUCGAGCGGCGCAGAUGAACGCCCAGGACCUGCUGAAGAUUGUCGACGUGCUGCCGUACGUGGCGCAGCAGAAUCCCGGGAGCCGGCUGACCACACUCUACCUCGUGGGCUGGCGGAUGUCCAUGCUGGUCAGCCACGACACGGAUACGUGUACAGAUACUCCCGGGGAACCCUGUGUGCAGCAUGACCCGAAACCGCGGCCCUAUCGACUGAGGCGGAAUGCCUGCCGUCUGGAGGACUUCAUCCGGAUUUAUGGCGGUCUGCCGUGCGAAGCUCUGCACAUGAUCAACUGUACGUUGCAGUGGAGUGGCCCUUCCAUGGACAGUGAUAACGGACUGUACGCGGGUCCCAUUCUGGAGGUGACAUUUCCGAGGGCCGGGCUGCCGCUAAACGGGGAUUUCGGUUGUGCGCUGUGGAAUGCUUGCGAAGCGUCGAUGCUGGCACCGACGGACGCCGAACGGCGAACGCUCGUGCAGUGGCUGACACGGGCGAGUGAUAUGAAAAAUCGGGAGCUGCUGAAAAUAGUCGUCUGCAAGGGACGAUGGCCACAUAAAGCGUUGCUUCGCCAAGUUCGGGCACUUUUUAUCAAAAAUUGCUAUAACUCACCCGUCAACAAUUUCAAACCUAUUAAAUUUUUAUUCUAGCACCGUAUGUGUCCAUCAUCUUUUGCACUUAAGUUUUCCAAGCCAGUAGCGCGUUUCGAAUUGCAGCGAGUCUGAAACUAGAGCAGACCUGCUUAAAAAUGCGGCUCGACCCAAGUACCAUGGGAGCCUCCCUUCUGUUUAUAAUUUGCUUAAAAAUUCCACUGACGUUCUUAUCCUUAGAAAAUAAACUUAGCUUGUUUGUCGUUUAGUGCUCUUGCAAAAUGAGCCCA